UGUUGACACCAUUCACUUCGAAGUCGCGUUAUCUGCGCCAUCUCAGGGGAUGGACUAAUUCAAAGUCUAGAUGGGCCUGUGGCCAACGCGCACAAUCACGGAGUAAGACGAGCCGAGCGAGCCGUGUAUCGGGAAGUGAGUGAAUGGCUCGGCUCAUGAGCAGACGGGAGCAUGGCCAUCCCCGCAUCGUCGUUGUCGGCUGCGGGGUAGCGGGUCUGGGUGCUGCCCAGAGGCUGCUCCGGUCCGGAUUCAGCCAACUCCGGCUGCUGGAGGCGACCGAGCGAUGCGGUGGCCGCGCCUGGAGCCGGCGGUUCGCUAAAGGUUUGGUAGAUAUUGGAGCACAGUGGAUCCAUGGGCCAUCUAAACAGAAUGCUGUGUUUCACUUGGCCAGCCAAUAUCACCUUCUUGAUGAAGAAGCAAUGUCAGAGGAGAACCAGGCUGUACAAAUUGGUGGACGUCCACCUGAUAUAUCAACUUAUUACACCAGCUCAGGAAAGAAAAUAGGGCCAGAAAUAAUGGCUCCCAUGAAAGAAUUGUAUUCAACACUUAUUGCACGAAGUAUGACUUUCUUCCAGUUGAAGACUGAGCCUGUCCGCAGUUUGGGUGAAUUCCUAAAACUUGAAAUUGCCCGGUAUGCUGAAGGUUGGCAGGAUGAUGAGGAAACGUGCAACCUUAAACUUGCUGUGCUGAAUGCAGAAUUCAAGAUGGAGUGUUGUAUCUCUGGAGCGGACAGCUUGGAUCAUGUAGCACUCCAGCCUUAUGGAGAGUAUAUGAUGUUACCUGGAGUUGACUGUGUUUUUCCAGGUGGAUUUGCAAGCCUUACUGAUGCAAUGAGGAGAUCUCUGCCAAAGGAUAUUAUAUCGUACAAGAAGCCAGUUAAAUGCAUCCAUUGGAACAGAUCCUUCAAGGCACCGAACACACCGGAAUAUUCUCACUCAGUUGUGGUGGAGUGUGAAGAUGGGGAAACUAUACCAGCAGAUCAUGUUAUAAUCACUGUUCCUUUAGGUUUCCUUAAAGAACAUUACGAAACUUUUAUUCAUCCCCCACUUCCUGCCAGGAAAAUCGAUUCCAUUCAGAAACUGGGUUUUGGGACAAAUAAUAAAAUCUUCCUUGAAUUUGAGGAGCCGUUUUGGGAACCAGAAAGUCAACUGAUCAGACUGGUUUGGGAGGAUGAGUCCCCGCUGCUUAGCAAACAGCUAGAUCUACAAAAAGAGUGGUUCAGAAAGAUAUUAGGCUUUCUUAUUCUACAGCCUGUGGAAAGGUAUGGCCAUGUCGUUUUAAUAGUGCUUGCUGGUGAGGAAGCUAAUUAUAUGGAGAGUCUGUCAGAUUGUGAAAUCAAAGAUUGUAUGACACAAAUCAUACGUAAAUUCACAGGAAACCCAUUGAUACCUGCACCAAAGGGCAUCAUUCGAUCAAGAUGGUAUAAUGAUCAAUACACAAGAGGGUCAUAUAGUUACACUGCAGUUGGAAGUUCUGGGGAUGAUAUAGAUGUCAUUGCUGAACCCCUCCCAUUUCCAUCUACACAAGCACAGCCUUUGCAGAUACUUUUCGCAGGUGAAGCUACUCACCGGACAUUUUACUCUACUACCCAUGGUGCCUUGGAGUCGGGUUGGAGAGAAGCAGAUCGCCUGAAAAAUUACUAUUUGUCUUUAACGUCCGUGAAUGCAAACCGAUAAAACUUUAUAAUAGUCUAUCACAGUACACCAAUCAUAUCCAUCUUUACUAAAAUCCAUUUGGUAUCCACGCUUAUAAAUUGUGUUAGAGAUUGGAAGGGUUGAUACAAAAGGAUGAUUAAAUGAAUUGUAUUCCUGUGCAUGAAUGGAAAAUUCUAUCGUAACAAAUUAGUGUCAGGGUUCCAAAAACAUUUUGGACCUAGCUGAUCA